AUGACCUUCCUUUCGGGCGAGGACGAGGUCGUGGACCUGAGCCCCAGCCUGAACCACAAGCGGAGCCCCUACCCGAGCCCUGGCCUGAGCCACAGCCUGGGCCCCAGCCUCCUCUUGGACAAGGCUAUGAGAAUCACUAGUGGGCUGAACACUGUUUAUUUGUUAUAUGCUGGUAUCUGGUGUCAGAUAUGGAAGGCAAAUUAUGAUAAGAUUUUGCAAGACUUUGCAAGUUUGCAUUUUAAUGUGAUUGGCUCAUUUGUUUUGAAAUCUGACACUUGGUCACCAGAUGUUAUUGAUGCGGGGAAGGAUUUUGUACAAGGUUGGCACAUCAGAGUUUGGAGCAGGAUACGAUCUUUGCUUGUGGCAAGUGUUCCAUUCAUUGUUCUUCAGCUUCGGUGUCACUGCCUGCACAUUGAUGGAGUAUUUGCUGGUAUUAUGCAGAAACAUUGCUAUGGUGCCCCGCAACGUGGCCGCCGCCGCGGACGCCCGAGGCGAGUGCCCACGGGCAACACGCCCCCGCGUGUGCGUCGCCCAGUAGGACGUCCUCCAGGACCGGCACGCCGGGCGCGCCGUGCUGGAGAUCCGCGUGAGCGGGGGGUGGGUCGUGGAGUGCAUGGCAUCCAACCCAUAGGUGAAGUGAUUGUCCUCAGCGACGACGACGAGGAAGAUAUUUACCAUGUGCCUGCUGAUGACCUUGAUUUUGAGGUCAAUGGUCCAGCUGCUAUAGCUGCACCACCGGCACAGCCACAACAGCAGCCCCUGCAGCUGCCUCCUCAGCAGCCCCCGCAGCAGGCACUACAGCAGCCCGAAUGCUCAAACUGCAUGCAUGGCGUGCCCACUCAUCUUAUUAUGGAUUGCCACCACCUCGCCUUAUGUUCGGACUGUGCUCAAUUGUUUCCGCACUUCCUUCCAAACUGCCCAAAUUGCGGCCUGGCUAUCAGAUCCCUAGUGCGCGUUCGUUUUAAUUAAAUAUAAACCUUUAAAAUGCUUAUUUUAUCGUAAAUCUCUGGCGCCUUCAAUCCCUUUCCGCGCGCAACACCCACACCCACGCAUCUACCAGAGGCAUCUGAUUCACGCAACCCACUUCCAUGGUUACACUGUACCGUGUGUCGGGUGUCCGGGCCACGACAUGCCGGUUUGCCUACUCACUCCAUCCGUAAGGUGCAAUGACCCUAGGGUGAGCAUACCCGCAACACGGUUUUGCUCCG